GAGAGAGAAUUUUUUUUCAAGGAUCUCCUUUGGCUUCUUUCACAAUUAAUUUUGGAUCGACACAAUUAUCUCAGAGAGAGAGAGAGAGAGAGAGAGAGGAGAGAGAAUGUGGCCAUUGAGCAGGAAAGGGCCAUCUGGGUUCUCAUCAUCUUCAACAGCAGAGCAAGUUACAGAGGGAGUUGAUGGAACUGGCCUCACCGCCAUUGUCACUGGAGCAUCAAGUGGCAUAGGUACUGAGACUGCUCGAGUUCUUGCACUGCGUGGUGUCCAUGUUGUUAUGGGAGUGAGAAACUUGGCUGCUGGUAAUACUGUUAAAGAAGCAAUUGUGAAGGGAGUACCUGCUGCUAAAGUUGAUGUACUCGAAUUAGACCUCAGCUCGCAGGCAUCAGUGAAGAAGUUCGCUUCCGAUUUUGGCUCCUUGAAUCUCCCGUUGAAUAUUCUGAUCAACAAUGCAGGAAUUAUGGCUACUCCCUACUUGCUAUCGCAUGAUGGAAUAGAGCUCCAGUUUGCAACAAAUCAUAUUGGUCAUUUUCUUCUAACAAAUCUUUUGUUGGAGAACAUGAAGGAUACAUCCCGUAAAAGUAAUACUGAAGGAAGGAUUGUCAUUCUUUCAUCAGAGGGCCACAGAAUGACCUACCCCUGUGGGAUUCGUUUUGAUAAAAUCAAUGAAGAGAAGGGAUAUGUCAAUUAUCUUGCUUAUGGCCAGUCCAAGCUUGCAAACAUUUUGCAUGCAAAUGAGUUGUCUUGGAGGCUUGAGGAGGAGAAGGUCAACAUAACUGCUAAUUCAGUUCACCCAGGAGUUAUCGUCACCAAUCUUUUUCGCCAUCAUAGGAUCAUAAAUGGCAUCAUGAGUACCAUUGGCAAGUUGGUCAUGAAAAAUGUUCAGCAGGGGGCAGCAACAACCUGUUAUGUGGCACUGAAUCCUCAAGUUAGAGGAGUUACCGGGAAGUACUUCAGCAACAGCAACUUGUCCACCCCAAAUGCCCAAGCUACAGACACAGAGUUGGCAAAAAAACUAUGGGAUUUCAGUUUGAAAAUGGUUUCAGCUUGACAUCAGUUUAUCUGUCAAUCUCCAAAAAUUGAUGUGUUGUGGUUUUUGCCUUUAUAUCUGUAAAAUUGUGAGAAAUGUUGGACCGUAGUAAAACUAGAUAAAAGGAAAACCAUACGUGUGUGUGCUUAAUGAAAUUCUCAAUGGCUUGCCGAGAAUGCAUAAUUAUGUUUGGUGCUGUAUGGGAAUUUUUCAUUGAGAUCUGCUGCUGUAUGAAAUGGUGAACUUGAAAAUUGCCAGAGCUUUGAUAAGAAGAAACUUAAACAAUGCCAGGGUUCUUUUGUUUU